GUCAAGAGGGGUUGAGGGGGUUUGGAUUUAGUGAUUUUGUGGAUUUUUUCAGGCUGUUGCUUUCCUAAUGUAAUAUUGAAUUAAACGACUUGACUUCUUUACAUUCCAAGUGUGAUUUUGUCUCUGAAGGAUUCAACAAACAAUCUAUAUUUUUCGAAAUGGUAAAUACAACCUUAAGUUUUCAACACUUCCUACAUAAUACCUCCCUUACGCACCAUUUUAGUGGCACAUACGUUAUUGAUUUUUAUUACUUCGUGUACUUUUUAUUAAUUGUGACCUUGGAAUUUCAGAUGCAAUUCAUGCUAUUAUUUAGCCGUCAAGGCAAGCUUAGGCUACAGAAAUGGUAUGUGGCUCAUCCAGACAAGUUGAAGAAGAAGAUAACUCGUGAAUUGAUCACUACAGUGCUAGCACGCAAACCUAAAAUGUGCUCUUUUUUGGAGUGGAAAGACGUGAAAGUAGUUUACAAGAGAUAUGCAUCACUGUACUUCUGUUGUGCCAUGGAGCAAGAGGACAAUGAACUUCUUACAUUGGAACUCAUUCACCGCUAUGUGGAACUGUUGGACAAGUACUUUGGAAGUGUAUGUGAGCUGGAUAUUAUCUUCAACUUUGAGAAAGCAUACUUCAUCCUUGACGAGUUGGUGCUUGGUGGUGAGCUACAGGAGACAAGCAAGAAGAAUGUUCUCAAAGCCAUCGCUGCCCAGGACCUACUCCAAGAGGAGGAGACGCCGCAGGGAUUCUUCGAGGACCACGGCCUCGGGUAAACAUUCUCAAAGGAUGCUGCCGUUUGAAAAGUUUGGGGGCCUGCUAUAAUAUCAUAAGUUAGUUUACAAUUCAUAUACAUAUAUUUAUAUAUAUAUACAAAAGUGGUGGAAGCGUUGACACGUGGUGCCGAAACUAUAGGCAUAGGGAAGGGGAUGUGCAAGGGUAGGCAUAGGACCUAGAAAAAGUUUUUAUGUCGUUUGUUACUGAAUGAGAUAAAAAAAUAUUUUCUAGUCAGGUCAAUGAACUAUUACAAAAUAUGUCUACAAACUUGGGGGCAAUAGAAAAUCUAUAUUUUUUUAAAUACCAAAUAUUUAUUGUUCCUCAAAGUUUUCUAUGAAUUAGUGAAAAUCAAAUAUUAUAUGUCUUGUUUACUUCAAUAUGGCAGGCAGCUCAUGAUUUUCAUACGGCAUCUUGGCAACUGCACAAGCGGUAUUAUAUAAUCUAUAUGUUUUAAUUAUAUGUGAGGCGUAUAUUAUUUUAAUAUUAGGACAUGAACCAGAUUUAAUGUAUAAUAAAUGUUAGAUUUUAGUAGCUUAAAUGAACAAUAUCAGUAUUGUUUCCAUUUGCUUUACGUUCACUGGCAGCUUAUAAUAAUAAUACGUACUUAAUUUAUUUAUAAUCUCCACGUUAUGGCUGGUUUAUACAUGAUUAAGUAGAGAAGUAUUAGGUAUAUUUUUAACUUAAUUUAAUUAUUAAGUACUUGUUAACACAAGUAAUAAGCAGUAAGUUAAAAUUUAAAAGUUGAGAACGUCUCAAACUAUACUUAUACAUAAUUUCAACAGGCUUUCAUUUCUGAUUUUGGGUUUGCUAUUCAUCAGUUAAUACCAAUUUGAUAAAACCAGAACUUUUUGAUUUGUUAAACGUAAAAAAAAUAAUCUUAUUAUUAAGUUAUUGAGAAUUAUCAGUUUAGGUAUUUUUCUCAAUUCAGAAACCGGCUGUUAAUCACUUAAAAUUAAUUAAAAACUACCACUUAAUCACGUAUAAACUUGAUAUUAGUUCUAAUGUCAGAUGGCACAAGUCGAACACUGCGUAAACAAUUUUUUUUAAGUGAACUACUUGAACUGUAGUAGGUACAUAUUUUUAUUAAAUAUUUUAUAUUCGUUUUAUGAAUGAUUCACAAAAAGUGUAUAUUUACUUUGCAAUUUUGAACUGAUCUCUUUUUGUGUUGUUAACGCGUUUGUAUAACGUUGUGCCAAAUAUUAUGAUCCCAAUGGAUUUCAAUUAUUAUAUAAAUGCAUUUAAAAUAAAUAUAUUUAAAAUCAAUCAAUUUCGAAAAUUUUCCUAGUUCGUGUAAUCGUUGAUGUCCAAUAGAAAAAUAUUUUGUAAUGAAAUAUAUAUUUUUUGUGUUACUUUACGAAAGUUCAAUGUUUCUCGAUGUUCAAUGUUAAUAUUCCGUCUCUUCACUACUUAUUAACUCUGCUAAAAUAAAUUGUUAUAAAAUAUCUUUCAUAUCAGAUUCAUAUCUUUGAUCUGCAGGUAAAUAACUUCAAUUAAAUAAUACUAUUACCAUUUUCCCUAUUCUAUUCUUGUACUAGAGUAGUAUUAGGCCUAAAGGAAUUUAAAAAUUAAAUGUACACAUGGAUAUACCACCCAUUUUGGGUUUAAUAAAACUAUAAAAUAAAGUUACAAUUGUUUUAUUUCUGGUAAUAUAUUUAAAAAAAAUCCCUUACGUACUAAGUCUAUAUAUGGUUUAAUAUCAGCAUACAAAUCUAUAAAAAUCCAUCAAAAUAUAAGACUCGUCUCACAGUCUUCGAUUGCACAAUAUAAAUACGCAUCUUUAAUUCUAAGUCAUAACAGUAGAUACAACCAGUAUAUCUGCGGUAUGGCUUCACGAUUAUACAUUAAAAUAAAGAAAAUAUAAUUAAAUAAUUGACAUGAAUUAUUUUGAAUUUUCCGAUAUGUCAGAUUUGGCUUCAGGGGUUGAUUUCAAUAAGUUAGUGGUGGUUGGCGCCGUCGUUUGGUCGACGGGUUUUUGGACACCUAAUGAGGGGGGCGCAGGGUCUGCGUGGGCAGGGGUGGUGGGGGUAGUGGUGUUUUCUUCGCCCCUCCGCUGGUCGCUCGUCACUUUGGCGAGAUGGAGAGCUGCUAGCAACGCUGUCACAUAACGACGCACAUCCAACUCGACACCUAAACAAAUAAUUAUUGUAAUUAAAAUUAUUGGUUAUGUAAUUUUCAAGGGUGCGAUCGCUAACCCUCUAGCCCAUAGGAGAGGAUCUUAGGGAUAUUAUGUCGUUUUACUGCUAUGACA